AUUCGGGAAUGUCAUCUCAAUUUCCAUUUGUUUUGUUUGCAAAGUGUUUCUCUAUGGUUCAACUAUAAAUUAAAUUGAAUUUAAACGUUUUAAAUAUAUUAAAAUCGGGUGGGUAUACCCGUAGUUUCAUACAAAUGCAACCAUUUAUUGUAAUACGCAACUACCGUGAUGAUGAUGAACUUAAAUGUCAAGAAUUGGUGCGCGACUACAUUAUGUCCUUCGUUAAAAGAUCCUUCUAUUGCUUUUGUUUCAGAGAGAUAACUCUGCAAUUUAUUGUAAUAACAUGGGCUAUACUAUUCAUAUUCAUCGGUGUGCCAUUGCAUUUUUGCGCAAUGACCAUACCUGGCUGCAUCUUUUUCCUAUUCUCUGGCACAUACUUUUCAUUUUACGCUAAAGCAAUAGAAUUGAUGCAGACAAAACCAUCACAAUCUCUGGUUGCUGAAUGCUACGAGCCAUUUAUAUUUCGUCUAAAACCACGAGAAGCCACAUACCAAAUCUUCCUCGAAGAAUCUCCUUACGAACAAUCAUAUCUAAAUAAAUUUAGAAAAAAGAUAAUUGCUACAGUAAGUGUCAAAAAACACAAUUCACUUUAUAAUGCAGCUUGGCUGUAUCGUUUUGCUAUGGCGCCCGAAUAUCCCUUCCAGCGGAUCGCCGAACCAAUGCUGAAUUUAGUGUCAAAAAGAUGUAUAGCAAACGGUUGUAGCUCUUUGGAAUGUACAAUUUCCGAAUGGCAAGAAGAAGAACGUGACUUUUUUGACAAUAUGGGAUUUGUUACUCGUCAAAUUUACCAUAAACAAAUUAUAGGAAAUAGUGUGACGGUUAUGAAAACUCUUCUAACCUACAACCUGCAUGCGAAUGAUAGAAGUGAACAUUCCAAAUUAGAAACAAUAAAAUAGAAUUAAUGCUGAUAAAGUAUAUACUCUACUGAACAAAACACAGAAGCCUUCCGUAACAUUCCUUAUCCAAAAUACUCACUGCAAAAACGCACAUUACCACUCGAAGUAUUUUUAUACAAUAAACUGCACUCCUUUUAUAAAGAAAAACGAAA